AUGUCUGUCCGUAUCAAAUCAUUCUUUAGUCCGCCUUUAGCCACCACACCAGCACCACCUUUUGCGGUACCCAAUGAUUUUGAUACCACUUCUCAAAAGGGCUUUAAAAGCAAUUCAUGGUUUUCUCACACUACGGCCCAUGAUGACGGAAAUAAACCUCACUUGCUGCCCAUGAAUGAAGACGAAAAGGCCAUUCGAAGAGUUGCUUCUGCUCCUAACGCAAAACUCCUCAACAUGACUAGACCACCUUACUUGGACAAUCAUGUUUCCUCCAUUUCUUUAAUGAACGAGUCCCCACCUCUGCAAAGAUUACGUAGAUCUUGUAGACGCACUUAUUCAAGUAGUAGCAUCAAGGUAAAAAACGUGCAGGUGGGACCCUCAAGCUUUGUCAAGAUAAGAAUGCUCGGUAAAGGCGAUGUUGGUAAAGUGUACAUGGUCAAGCAAAAGGAGACCGACAAGCUAUUUGCCAUGAAAGUGUUAUCCAAAAGGGAGAUGAUCCGAAGAAACAAGAUUAAGCGAGCUUUGGCCGAGCAAGAAAUUCUGACCACUUCCAACCAUCCAUUCAUUGUUACAUUAUACCACUCAUUUCAAAGCCAGGAUUAUCUCUACUUUGUCAUGGAAUACUGUGUUGGUGGAGAAUUCUUUCGAGCCUUGCAAAUGAGGCCAGGGAAAUGCUUAACCGAGGAUGGGGCCAAAUUUUAUGCCGCUGAGGUCACAGCUGCCUUGGAAUAUUUACAUCUCCAAGGCCAUAUUUAUAGAGAUUUAAAACCAGAGAAUAUCUUGCUUCAUCAAAGUGGGCAUAUCAUGUUGACCGAUUUUGACCUAAGUAAAGGAUCACAUCCCCCUGGUAAACCUACCGUUGUUAAAUCCAGCUCACCUCACGUGCCUCCUUCUAUUGAUACAAAGAGCUGUGUCAAUAACCUCCGAACCAAUAGUUUUGUUGGUACCGAAGAAUACAUUGCACCCGAGGUUAUCAAGGGAUGUGGACAUACGAGUUCAGUGGAUUGGUGGACACUGGGCAUUUUAAUAUACGAAAUGUUGUUUGGAACUACACCUUUUAAAGGAUCGGGAAGGAACGAAACCUUUUCACGUAUUCUACACUGUGAUGUUCAGUUUGGCGAGCAACCAGCACCUUAUAAGUCACACGUGUCGAACAACGGAAAGAACUUGAUUCGAAAGUUAUUACAUAAGGAUGAGACGAAGAGGCUGGGCAGUCGAGCAGGUGCUUCGGACAUCAAGGCACACGCGUUCUUUAAAUCAAUCAAUUUUGCUUUACUCAGACAUUGUACACCUCCGAUCACACCGCUCGUUCAAAAACCCAAUGGCAUUGAUGCUUUGAAUUUCAGAAAAAUGCCACCAGAGAAUACAAGUUUCGAUUUGGAAUCGGAUGAUGUGAUGGUCACAUUAAAAGCGGAUAAAUCAAAUCCAUUCGAGAAGUUCAACUCUAUUACAUUAUAUCAUGAUGGUGAUUCCGAUUCUGACUAA